AUGAAUCCCAAAGAGCUCAUAAAAUCCUUGAAUUAUAACACUAUCCUUCAAUACACUUUUCUCCUUUUCUGGGAAAAGAUGAUGACAACUACAACUAGGUUAGGUAUAUUACUAGAUUAGGACCAAAGCAAAGAUAAGUUCCAAUCUUGCUCGAUACAUAAAGACAAAGUCAUGAUUAUCAUGAUUAUCAAGCAUAUGUACAUAUAUAUGAAUUAAAUGCUAAGAAGGGCAGCAAUAUCACCAGAUUUAACUGCCUUGUUUGGGUGCAACUUAACUUCCUACGUCCGGAAUGGAGCCCCUGCAUAUUAUUUCCAUUGAGGAGCAUCACUCAAUAGAAGCUGGUGAAGGAAGCAGCAGCCAUGACCAGCCAGCUGCCACUGCCACUGCCAAGAUGGAAAGGAUUGAAAUGUUAAAGCAGGCAGGAGCCCGACCGGGAGCGGUUGAAGCGGCAAAAAUACAGAAGGUUAUAUUCUUGCUGCGAGAUCACGAUCAUUUCGUUAAGUACUUUGAGCCUAGAGUGGCGUCGAUCGGUCCUAUCCAUCAUGGCAAAACAAAGUACGAGCUAGGAGAAAAGUAUAAGCUUAGAUUGGCCUAUCAGUUCGUCCAAGGGUUGAGCUGCAAUAAUGGAGAUAGUUUAGACGAUGAUAUAAAUCAUUUAUACAAGAAGAUUAUGAAGGAAAUCAAGAAACUGAGGGAAUGCUUUGAGGAGGAGGUGACAAAGAAGUACGACGAUGAGACUCUCGCUUGGAUGUUGUUCGUGGACGGAUGUGCAAUACUACAAUACAUAUUCUGCGCUACAAAUUAUAAGAAGUUCGAAGAGUUGAGUAUAAAAAACGACAGCGUAGCCUUCGCUCAACAGGAUUUGUUCUUGCUGGAGAACCAAGUUCCCUAUCGUCUCCUCAACUUACUGAUGUGCUCGAGCAGGAAGGAGGACGAGUUGAGAAAAUCGAUUGAAAGUUUCAUUCAAAAUGUUACUUCUCAGCAAAUGAAACCAAUUGAAAAAAGAGAGCCGACCCAUCUUCUCGAUCUUCUAAGAACAACACUCUUGGGUCCUCCACUUAGUUGUCCACGGAGAAAGAGACGUCCAAAGGAUGAUCCAGAUUGGCAAUCAUAUCGCAACGUGCAGGAGCUUAAAUUAGCAGGAAUCCAACUAAAGCAGAGCAAACAUAGAUCCUUGAGAAACGUAAGUUUUACUAGGCAAUUCAAUUUUUACCCCGGAUACCUUUCACUUCCUCCAAUUACGGUGGAUGACUCAACAGGCCCCAAGUUCAUGAACUUGAUAGCUUAUGAAAUGUGUCUGGAUUUCAAAAACGACUUCGGCAUCAGCUCUUAUAUAUCCUUCCUAGAUUCACUCAUCGAUGAGGCCAACGACGUCAAAGAUCUGAGGAAGGCACACAUACUCCACAACCUCCUCGGCAGCGAUCAAGAAGUGGCUGACCUCUUCAAUGCGAUAGGCACCGACUUGGUGCCAAGCACCGAAGCGUACGAGGAUGUCAAGUUCCAGAUUCAGGACUACUACGACAACGAUUGGAUGACAUGGAUGGCUCAAUUCUUUCACAAUCAUUUUAGCAGCCCCUGGACUAUCCUUGCUUUUUUGGGUGUAUUAUUGGGACUUGCUUUAACAGCCACUCAAACUUGGUAUGCAGUCGACUCUCCCCCUAGCCCCUGCGAUGACUUCUGCAAGCUCAAAUUACCAUGAAACUCAACACUAGAGAAAAAGACGGUUGUUUGCAAGAAUAAAAGAACCUCGAGAGUACUACAAUAUAUAGUCGCGAUUUCAGACAGGUCCUCCCCAUCCUUGUAUUUAUUUGUUUGGUUUGGAUUUGGUGUUUUUAUAUGCAAGUUAGGAUGAUUGUACGUGCUAAUUUCGUGUGAUGAGUUUGAAAAGGAAAUAAUUAAGAAUCGGGUUUUGUGUGAGAUGAUUGAUAUUGUUUCUGCCAGACACUCAGAUCUACUUAUCUCUUCCUCUGCUUUCUUCUUCAUGCACUAUUUUGUUCUGUAUUUUUCUCUCAUAUUACAUAUCUCAGCCGUACAUGUAGCUUUUAUUACAACACCCAUUCAAUUCAUUGAAUCUAAAGAACACAAAACUAAACGCAAAUUAAGGCAUCUAAAGUAGUUUAUACUGCACGUGUUACCUAGCGAAGCAUUACAACUGAAUGAUUAUUUCAUUCAGUCUGCAACAUUAUUACAUUCCAAGGGAUCGAAUAAUUACUUCUUGAUUCAACUUAUCAUGCUAGAAGUAUUGAAAGCAAGAAGCCAAGAAACAUCGAGUAAAAGGUGAUUCCAA